GGGAGGUUGCGCGCGUGCGCACUAGGCCGCACAGCCGCCAUGCCGGAACCACACGCUACUACGUCCCUGAGGGUGAACGCAGCUUUUGCCGCACGCUACAGCCGUUACCGGGAGCGUGAGGAACUGCAGCGGCUGAAGGAUCGCUAUGGGGAUCCGGACGGCGGCGGCGACUCCAGCUCAGAGUCUGACUCCAGUGACGAGCAUGUGGAAUUUGACCCCCAGCAGGAGAGAGACUUUUACAGGACUCUGUCCUUGCUGAAGAAAAAGGACCCCCGAAUUUACCAGAAAGAUGCUACCUUCUAUCAGAGGACAGCCGAAACCUCAUCUUCAGAGAGUGAAGAGGAGCCAGCAGCCUCGGGCAAGCAGAAGAAAGUAGAGCCCAUGUACCUGAAGGACUACGAGAGGAAGGUCAUCUUAGAGAAGGAAGGCAAGUAUGUUGACGAGGACAACUCUGAUGGGGAGACUUUUGACCAGAGGCUCAAGGAAACAUCAACAAAGAGCUACAUAGAAGAACAAAAGCAAUUGAAGGAAAGCUUCCGAGCUUUCGUGGAGGACAGCAGUGAUGAGGACAGCGCUGGGGAAGGUGGCUCUGGUUUGCUGCGGAAACACACUAAGAGUAGGGAAGAAAAGGCCCAGGAGGAAGUAGACUACGUUGAGUGGCUAAAGGGCCAAAAGGAGAUCCGCAGCUCUGAGUCCUUGAAAGAACUGACACACCUCAAGGAAUACUGGAACAACCCAGAACUGGAUGAGGGGGAACAAUUCCUGAGGGAUUAUAUUCUCAACAAACGAUACGAAGAGGAGGAAGAGGAGGAGGAGGAAGAAGAAAUGGAGGACGGGGUUCCCGGACCCCCAGUCCAGCUGGCAGUGGACGACUCCUCGGAUGAAGGGGAGCUAUUCCUGAAGAAGCAGGAAGACUUUGAACACAAGUACAACUUCCGCUUUGAGGAGCCUGACUCAGCCUCGGUCAAGACGUACCCACGCAGCAUUGCAUCAUCUGUGCGUCGCAAGGAUGAGCGCAGGAAGGAGAAGAGGGAAGAGACUAGGGAGCGGAAGAAGAGGGAGAAGGCCAGGAAGCAGGAGGAGCUGAAACAGUUAAAGAACCUAAAGAGGAAGGAGAUUCUGGCCAAGCUGGAGAAGCUGCGGCAGGUCACUGGCAACGAGACACUGGGCCUUGAGGAGCAGGACCUGGAGGAUGACUUUGACCCUGCCCAGCAUGACCAGCUCAUGCAGAAAUGCUUUGGAGAUGCCUUCUAUGGCACGGUGGAGGAAGAGAAGCCACAGUUUGAGGAAGAAGAAGGCCUCGAAGAUGACUGGAACUGGGACACAUGGGAUGGACCUGAACAAGACGGAGGCUGGAGUCAGCAGGGGCUGCACUGUGAGGACCCUGACUUUAAUAUGGACGCUGACUAUGACCCCAGACAACCUCGGAAGAAGCUUCGUGAGGCCCCCUCCACAGGCAAGAAGAAGCGCAAAUCCCCCUUUGCAGCUGCAGUGGGGCAGCAGAAACCCAUGUUUGAUCCUGGGGACAAGACUUUUGAGGAGUACCUGGAUGAAUACUACCGGCUGGACUAUGAGGACAUCAUCGACGACAUGCCUUGUCGCUUCAAGUACCGCACUGUGGUGCCCUGUGACUUUGGGCUCAGCACCGAGGAGAUCCUUGCAGCUGAUGACAAGGAACUGAAUCGCUGGUGUUCCCUAAAGAAGACCUGCAUGUACAGGUCAGAGCAGGAAGAGAUGCAGGAGAAGCGGGCGUACAACCAGAAGGCCCAGAACGUAUGGAAGAAGAGACAGAUCUUCAAAUCACUGUGCCAGGAAGAGACAGACAUGCCCACAGAAGCCACAGGGAAGUCACAGGGCAAGGCCAACCCACAGGAACAGCUGCCCGUGCCUGAUGGAACCUGUGGGAAGAGGCCCCAGUCUGAGAGCCAGGUAGCCAAGGAGCCGGCACACACAGCCAGCCCAGAGAAGCCAGCUUUCCAGAGGCAGAAGAACAAGAAGGCCAGGCUGCUGGGUCCCACCGUGACACUCGGAGGUCACAAGUUCAGCCGACAGAGAUUGCAGGCCUUUGGUCUCAACCCCAAAAGGCUGCACUUCCGCCAGUUGGGUCGCCAAAGGAGGAAACAGCAGAGCCACCCAUGAGGGCCACAGGUUACCUCCACAACCAAGUGUCCCAAACCUGUGUAAAUGCCUGCAGGCGAGGAUGCUGACUGUCUCUUCUCAGUGUGGAACAGGCUGUUGGAGCUGUGUACAAGACAGCCUGAAAAGUCCAGCAAUCCCAGCGUGUUCAAGUCUGCAUCUUUAUCAGCUUCCACCCAGCAGUCAGUGGGUUCUCCAGGACAGGGGCUUUGGGACCAGUGAGUACAGUGAUCCAGUGCAGCCUACAGAACUUGAGUCAGGCCCUGAGUGAGUGCCCUGGAACUCCUGAGGGGGGUUGGGGGCAGCUAAAGGGCACAGCCCCAACCUGGGGGCCUAGACAGGUCUCAGCUGUGUUGGGGAGGAUGGGGGACAUGAGGACAGGGAAUCCAGCACUGCCAUCGGAGUUCCAGAUCCCAUACCUGACAUGACAUAAAUAAAAAAAUAAAUAGUC